AUGGGGAACGGCAGCACCGGGGCCGCAUCCUGCAACGGCACCGCGCUCCCGCCGCCGCCGCCCCCCGCCGCCGCUCACAACGUGGCCGCCCUGGUCCUGGGCAUCGUCCUCAUCCUCCUCAUCGUGAGCGGCAACGGGCUGGUGUGCCUCAGCGUCUGCACGGAGCGGGCGCUCAAGACCACCACCAACUACUUCAUCGUCAGCCUCGCCGUCGCCGACCUGCUGCUCGCCCUCCUCGUCCUCCCGCUCUACGUCUACUCCGAGUUCCAGGGAGGUGUGUGGUCCCUCAGCACGGUGCUGUGCGAUGCCCUGAUGACCAUGGAUGUGAUGCUGUGCACAGCCUCCAUCUUCAACCUCUGUGCUAUCAGCGUGGAUCGGUUCAUCGCCGUGUCGAUCCCCCUCAACUACAACCGGCGACAGGUCGACCUGCGGCAGCUCAUCCUCAUCUCCACCACCUGGAUCUUCGCCUUCGCCGUCGCCUCUCCCGUCAUCUUCGGCCUCAACGACGUCCCGAACCGGGACCCCAGCUCGUGUCAGCUGGAGGAUGACAACUACAUCGUGUACUCCUCCGUCUGCUCCUUCUUCAUCCCCUGCCCCGUCAUGCUGGUGCUGUACUGCGCCAUGUUCCAGGGCCUGAGGCGCUGGGAGGAAGCCAGGAAGGCCAAGCUGCGGGGCGGCGUCCACGGGGCCGGCACCAAGCCGCGGCCCCCGCACGGCCCCUUCCCCCAGCCCGGCCGCAGCCCCCACACGGGGCCCCAGGACUGCGGGAGCAGCGGCGGCGUCCUCACCGUGUCCUACCCACACCUCACCCCGCCCCGGCCCGGCCGCGGCCACAAGAGGGCCAAGAUCAACGGGCGGGAGCGGAAAGCCAUGCGCGUGCUGCCCGUCGUCGUGGGCGCUUUCCUCUUCUGCUGGACGCCUUUCUUCGUGGUGCACAUCACCAGGGCUGUGUGCAAGUCCUGCCCCAUCCCCACGCAGGUCACCAGCACCGUCACGUGGCUGGGCUACGCCAACAGCGCGCUCAACCCCGUCAUUUACACCGUCUUCAACGCCGAGUUCAGGAACUUCUUCCGCAAGGUCCUGCGCUUCCUGUGCUGA